AUGUCGCGCCUCUUCAGGCCGUCUUCAGUGCUCCGGUUCCCCAAGGUCUUGACCAAAGUACCAACCGGCCAAGUGAUCAAAAUUGAAAGAGUACGGCUCAGGCACAGGAGGCGGCUCCGGCUUGUUACCUUUGCCAUCAAGACAGUCCUUAUCUACCAAUUCUUUGAGAUAUGCGUGGCGGGCCCGCUUGUGAAGGUGCUGGAAAACCAGGAGUUGAUGGAAAGCAUGCCGGAAGAAGAAGAGGCUGUCGACAUAUUCAUUCCGUUUCCCUUGACAACGGAGCGACACGAACCGCAGCCAUACUCUGGGAAAGAUCCGGAAUGGAGGGAGUUUGUGCGGCUAUCCAAAGACAAGGAGAGGUUGGAUCAAAUCAGGAGGUACUGGAUGGAUAUUGAUUUCCCAUACAGGGCACCGCCUGUGUACACGCGCAAAGGCCUGUUGAUUACGGACGAAGUGAUCGCCAUUGCGGAAACAGAGGUUGAGUCGGCGACAGUGAAACUUCUGGAGCGCGUCCUAUGGCCAAAGCCCAUGGCGCUGUCGACCUGGGCGCUUGGAAAGGCACUCGUUGGCCGUCAGUUCUCUUCGGUUGCGCAAUUCUUUGGGUUUGAAGGCGACAGUUCAACCCACCCUCCAGACCGUCCUGUCAGCGCAGGACCUUUGCCGCUCCCAACAAAUCACAGCUCUGACGUUCAAAAGGCUUUGGAGCGUAUCCGGGCACAAGCAACAAAACGGCCGGAAGACGUCAACGAUCCUAGGUCGAUCUCACCAACCCCCAACACACCACCUGGCCCAUCCAGGGAUAAGUCUAUCAGCAUUCCCAAUAGACCGCCGGCCGAACACAAUGGCAACCCAGAAAAGUUUGUCGGUCAAGAAAAGGUCCAGUCUCUGGUUGGCCUGAAGCCUUGGGAGGAGUUUAUGAAGACGUACACCAAGGUGUGGAAGCCGAUUCGACCUGAUCCACCUCGCGGUUGCUUCGCCGUCUCAGGUCUUGUCGAGAUCGAGACGUCGAGGGGGUACCUGGUGAUUGACGUCUUGUCGUGGUACAAUCCAAAGACGAGAUCCCAUGAUCGCAAGUCCAUGUGGAUGUCGGUGAGAAGGAUGCAGUAUAAACAACAGGCGCCGAUGCGUCCCUGA